AUAUAAAAAGCCUCAGGGAAAUGUGCAGAGGUUUGUAUUUUUUCUGACAGCCCUUCAAGCGAUUGUCUAACCUAUAAGACCAGGAAGAAAUUAAAGAGAAGACGAGAGAAUAGAACAACAGGGUUUUAAAAAAUACAGAAGCAAAAAAAAGCAGAGUGAAAAGACAGACAAGCCCUUUCCCCAAUGAGCUGAGACUUGUGGAAAGCAAGAAAAACUACGGAAGAUAUUGGCCAGAACACCUUCCCCCCACCCCCCACCCAGAAAAGGGGACUGUUGGCAGAGUGCCAAAGUAGACGGAGACAUGUGUGACAGUCAGUCUGACACGGAGAGCUCUGAUGAGCCCGAGCCAUCUUGCCGAACCAAGAGGCAAAAAACCUCACGUUCUUGCCGGGCUGGAUUGAUUUUUCCCGUGAGCCGUGUUGAUAGGUUCCUCCGGAGAGGGGACUAUGCCGAACGCAUUGGAUCAGGAGCAUCCGUUUACAUGGCUGCUGUGCUUCAGUACCUGACGUACGAUAUUGUGGAUAUUGCUGGGAAUAUUGCUUCUCGUGACAACAAACAUCGAAUUGUCCCUGAACACUUACAGCAAGCCAUCAGCAAUGACUCUGAACUCCACUCUCUCUUGGGAGGCAUCUCCUUUUCCAGUGUGAAAGAUGAGCCCAAUAAUAACCCUGUCCCAUCAGCCAAGAGGGGCAGGGGCAAGAAACCCAACAAAGCUGUAAGAGCUCCAAAUGAGGUUGCCACAUAAACAAAGGUUCUUCUGUUUAUCUGCGCAUGGAAUGAAGUCUUUUUAAUAUCCAGCCUUGCCGUCUAAUAAAAGCUGCUCUGAAGAUGA